CCACUCUACCCACCGAUGUCCGUCGCCUCCUGCCUAGCCCCUCCCCCACCGCGGCUCCCGCGUGGUAGGGCUGGGCCCUCCACCCCUCCCCCCUCCCAGCUCGGAUUCGGGCCUAGCAGCAGGGCUGCUCCCGCCAAGGGACGGAGGCUGGUUCACAUCUCGUGCUUCAGGCAGGAGCAGGAUGGGUCAGCGGCAUCUGAUGAUGGCACCGGCUUCAAGUACAUUGGGCGGGUGGAGAUGCCUGGGGACAAGGAGGUGAAGGGGGGAGAGGGUGGGAGCUCCAACGAGGAAGAGCAGAGUUAUGAAAGUAGAGAUCUGUUCGUUAUUUUGCUCAAGAUAAAGGAAAAUCUACAGGAAAGAGUAUCCAGAUUUUGGAAUGAACGCUGGAUGGUACCUUGGACUGGACAAACUAUUGCCCAGGUCAUGUUUUUGUGGAUUGCCACAUUUUGGCUCGUGGGUUCCUGGAUAGUGCCAUUCUUGGCUCAUGCUGCUGGCUUUAGCAAGGAAACAUUGACGCACAGGGGGCAAGCAUUAUAUAGCCUUGUGACGGACAUUACUGAAGGCCUUGCUGGGAUUGCUAUCAUUCACCAGUGCCUUGGUAGAUUCCGUCCCCUUCCUCAAGGUUGGUUUGAGUUCAAAUUGAAGGGCAGAUGGCAUUGGGAUGUAGCAUUGGGAUGUCUGCUAUUCCCAUUGGUUAAUUUGCUUUCUCACAUCAAUAUCAGCCUAGUUCAUAUGUCGUCAGGGCCAGUCGUCGGUAUAUCCAGUGUAGAGCAAUCCAUUGUUGCCCGUGACCCAGUGGCGAUGGCCUUAUAUGCUGUGGUAGUCACUGUGUGUGCACCUAUAUGGGAAGAGAUUGUGUUCCGUGGUUUCCUUCUCCCAUCUCUAACACGAUACAUGCCUCUUCCAUGUUCGAUCCUGGUAAGUGCCGCAGCAUUUGCGCUGGCGCACUUCAACAUUCAAAGGGUAUUGCCGUUGAUAUUUCUUGGUGUUGUGAUGGGAGGUGUCUUUGCCAGGUCACGCAACCUAUUGGCAUCGAUGGUGCUUCAUAGCCUUUGGAACGGUUUUGUAUUCUUGGAUCUGAUGAAGUGAGCUAUGCAGAUAUUAUUGUUGUCCAGCUUUUGAUACUCCUGUGAGAUUUCCUCGGACCAUAGUUUUUUCAUUUUGCGUGGAGAAUAUAGAAGCUAACCCAGGGUGUGGUCAAGAUGGUUUGUGUGGAAGAAAUCACGCAGGCAACAGAGGAAGGAAAGUGCAAAAUCCUGCAUGCUUAAUGGAGAAUAGACAACAGAAGACAGCCUUCUGAAGAUUUUUGUGCAGGUGUGAUACCGUGAUAGGAUAGCCAUAGGACUUGUACACAGAAGCAUCUUUCUUACUAGUGUAAAUUAUAUGCGUGAGAAUAAUUGCCUCAUCGUGUAUAGAAUCCCCCAUUCAUAUUGAGCUGUGCAUUUUUUUUU